GGUCUCCACAGAUUAUCUGUUGCCGUCAUGUCGGCUGCGAUUGCAGCUCUCGCUGCUUCUUAUGGUUCGGGUUCAGGGUCCGAAUCGGACUCGGACAGUGAGGGCGGGCGGUGUUCCCUGCCAGCCGCGGAUUCCCUCAUGCACUUAACUAAAUCGUCUUCGGAUAAGCCCUCUCUGGCAGUGGCAGUGGACUCCGCUCCGGAGGUGGCAGUUAAGGAAGAUUUGGAGACUGGAGUUCACCUUGACCCUGCCGUCAAAGAGGUUCAGUAUAAUCCUACCUAUGAGACCAUGUUUGCUCCUGAGUUUGGACCAGAAAAUCCCUUCAGAACCCAGCAAAUGGCUGCCCCUAGAAAUAUGCUUUCUGGAUAUGCUGAACCAGCCCAUAUCAAUGAUUUUAUGUUUGAACAGCAAAGAAGAACUUUUGCCACUUAUGGUUAUGCAUUGGACCCUUCAUUAGAUAAUCAUCAAGUGUCUACUAAGUAUAUUGGUUCUGUAGAAGAAGCUGAAAAAAAUCAAGGUUUAACUGUGUUUGAAACUGGUCAGAAGAAAACAGAAAAGAGGAAAAAAUUUAAAGAAAAUGAUGCAUCUAAUAUUGAUGGUUUCUUGGGACCGUGGGCAAAAUAUGUGGACGAAAAAGAUGUAGCCAAACCUUCAGAAGAAGAACAAAAAGAAUUGGAUGAAAUUACAGCAAAGAGGCAGAAGAAAGGCAAACAGGAAGAAGAGAAACCUGGAGAGGAAAAGACAAUCUUACAUGUUAAAGAAAUGUAUGACUAUCAAGGCAGGUCCUAUCUUCACAUACCUCAGGAUGUUGGUGUUAAUCUGCGGUCAACUGUGCCACCUGAGAAAUGUUAUCUUCCCAAAAAACAAAUUCAUGUGUGGUCUGGACACACAAAGGGUGUCAGUGCAGUCAGAUUGUUUCCUCUCUCUGGCCAUUUGUUGCUGUCUUGUUCCAUGGACUGUAAAAUUAAGCUAUGGGAGGUUUAUGGAGACAGGCGCUGUCUGCGAACAUUUAUUGGUCACAGUAAAGCUGUUAGGGAUAUCUGCUUUAAUACUGCAGGGACACAGUUCCUCAGCGCAGCUUAUGACAGGUAUCUUAAGCUCUGGGACACUGAGACAGGACAGUGUAUAUCAAGAUUUACAAACCGAAAAGUGCCCUAUUGUGUCAAAUUUAAUCCUGAUGAGGAUAAGCAAAAUCUCUUUGUGGCUGGGAUGUCUGAUAAGAAGAUUGUGCAAUGGGACAUUCGAAGUGGAGAAAUUGUGCAGGAAUAUGAUCGGCAUUUGGGAGCUGUCAACACCAUUGUUUUUGUCGAUGAGAAUAGGAGAUUUGUAAGCACAUCUGAUGACAAGAGCCUAAGAGUUUGGGAAUGGGAUAUCCCUGUGGAUUUCAAGUAUAUAGCAGAACCCAGUAUGCACUCAAUGCCUGCAGUGACUUUGUCUCCAAAUGGGAAAUGGCUAGCGUGCCAAUCAAUGGACAACCAAAUCUUAAUUUUUGGAGCACAGAACAGAUUUAGAUUGAAUAAGAAGAAAAUUUUUAAGGGCCAUAUGGUAGCAGGCUAUGCUUGUCAAGUAGACUUUUCACCAGACAUGAGCUAUGUGAUUUCAGGAGAUGGAAAUGGAAAGUUAAACAUCUGGGACUGGAAGACCACAAAACUCUACAGUAGAUUUAAAGCUCACGAUAAAGUGUGUAUAGGUGCAGUGUGGCAUCCUCAUGAAACAUCUAAAGUCAUAACUUGUGGUUGGGAUGGUCUCAUUAAAUUGUGGGAUUAAUGGGAUUAAUCCUUAAACUAUCUAGGAUCAUUUUUGAUCCAAUAUCAUAUUUAACUAUAUUUAAUUAUUAAAGGUGUUGGAUGACAACUUGAUUUACAGGUUAUGAUUUUCUUACAUGGCCUUAUGAAAUAGUUUAACCAUUGUUUAAAAAAAAACUGUAAAUUUGGCCCAUAUAAUUUCAUUAGCAACUUCGUUUUGUUCUUUAUAGGUGUUAUUAUACAAGAAUGACCAUUGACUUAACAUUUGACAAGUGGUUAUUAUUGGCAGGCGGUUUGGGUUUACCCCCAUGAUGUACUAAAAGGAUCUUUUUGGAGCUGAGAAGGAAUCCCUAGUGGAUUACCUCUUCAACAGAAAGGAAAGAACAGGGAUGAUAUGAUUUAAUGUGAAUCUGAAAGAAGGAUAAAAACCACCCACAAUUACUGUUCCUAUUAUUUUCCAUGGGUCAGUUCUAAUCUUUUGGAUUCAGGAGUUCCAUUAUUUUUUUAUUACUUAUGUAGUGUCUGUUUAGUUGUAAGCCAGCAAUCUUCUCUGACUUGAGCAUCCCUCUAAUUGUUAAACAGUGUAAAAUAAAAAUCAGUCCAGAGUUCUUUCCUUGGCUCUCUUCUUGAUCAGUAUAGACAGGACUAUAUAUAAGCAGAGAAUCACAUUAUUUUUGAAAAUGGAACUCAAGAGAAGGAAUUGUAUUUGUAUUUACUGUCCAGUAAGGACCUGGCUACACUUUCAGAAAUCAGGGUCUCCUAGGUCACUGUGUCACAGAUGUUACUAUUGAAAUACUCCUCAUAGGAGAUUGGAUGUGAGAACAUAGUUCAAAAUGUCAGCUUGUAAUUUCUUUGAAGCUGUAUGUUUUAUUUAAAACUAAUCUGAUUUUGCUUAUGAAUAUAUUCAAUAGAACUUUUUAAGAUUAGAAAAAUGUUAAACUUCUUUCCAAAUCUUUGGGUAAAAUUGACACUCUGGGAAGAUGACUAGGGUUCCUAAUUUGAGAAGCAGGGACUGUGAUUGGUUUAAAAAAAAAAUUUUUUUUUUUUUUAAACUUCAGAUUGUGAAAUCAAGAUAGCUUCUUAAAACAUAGUAGCUAAUAGCACUUUAGUUUGACAAGCCAUUUCUCCUUUUUUUUUUUUUUUUUUCUUU